AUGACCAACGUCGACGUCCACACUCAUCUGUACCCUCCUUCUCUGGUCGAACUUCUCCGCUCCCGCACCGAAGUCCCCUACGUCCGUAGCUUCGACGCCGCAGAAGGCGAACGCCUGAUCAUCCUCCCCUCUGAGGAUGCCAGCACUUCCACAUCUCGCGGCCGACCUUUCGGACCAGAUUACUACGAUGUCUCUCGGAAAAUGUCCUUCAUGAAAGUCCACGGCAUCGAUAUCUCUGUACUAUCACUGGCGAACCCCUGGCUGGACUGGGUGGCCGCAGAGUACGCUGCAGAAACGGCGAAGAUGGUGAAUGAUGACUUUGAAACAUUGUGUGCGAGCCAGCCGGGAAAGUUGUAUGCGUUCGCUACGUUACCGUUGAGCGGAACAGUGGAGGAAAUCGUGGCGGAGAUUGCGAGGUUGAAGACGCUAAAGUAUUGUCGGGGUGUGGUCAUGGGUACGUCCGGGGUCGGGCAAGGAUUGGAUGAUUUGAAGCUGGAGAAGAUCUGGGCGGCGCUGGAGAAGGAGGAGAUGAUGCUGUUUCUGCAUCCGCAUUAUGGCCUACCAAGUGAGGUCUUCGGGCCGAGGAACGCGGAGUAUGGGCAUGUUUUGGCAUUGGCGAUGGGGUUUCCGAUGGAGACGACGAUUGCUGUGACCAGGAUGCUUCUCAGUGGCGUCUUUGACCGCUUUCCAAAGCUGAAGUGCCUUCUCGCCCACAGCGGUGGCACAUUGCCAUUCCUAGCGGGUCGGAUAGAGAGUUGCAUCGCUCACGAUGCCCAUCUCAAGAAGGAAGGUAAGCUUGAGCAUCGAAGAGAACUGUGGGAUAUUCUACGGACGAAUAUCUACCUGGACGCUGUAAUCUACUCUGAACUCGGCCUCAACGCAGCCCUAGACGCCUCAGGUGCAGAUAGGAUCAUGUUUGGUACAGAUCACCCGUUCUUCCCACCCUUGGAAGAGGACGAACACGACAGGGAAUGGCCGAGCGUGACUUCGAAUCUUGCUGCGAUGAUCAAUACCUUCGGGGAAGACGAGGCUGGAGGCAUUGAUCUGAUGGGCGGGAACGCAUUGCGGGUCCUCGGUAUUGAGUGCAUUCAGAGCAAGGAGUGA